AUGCCGCCGUCGUCGUCAAAAGUAGCAGCUUCGAAAUCGGAGAAUGAAAAAAUUCCAUACGUGAACAGAGAUUAUCUCCUCGACACGGAGUACGUCGUCAAAGUCGCGAAGACCCUGCUGACACCGAUCGGCAUCUGGCCGCGCGACGGCGACGACAGUCCCAGAAGCGUGACCAUUUUCUGGAUGAGAAUAGUCGCGGUUUUCAGCUUGAUGCUGUGUCUGCUCGUGCCUCACUUCACCUGGACCUUCUUCAAAGCCGAGGACCUGAGGAAAUUGAUGAAGAUCAUCGCCGCGAUGGUCUUCAGCUCGCUCGCCGUGCUCAAGUAUUGGAACAUGAUCUUCACGAAGAAGGACAUUCGAGCCUGUCUCGAGACCAUGGAGGAUCACUACAGGCUCGUCGAGUCCGAAGAAGCGAGACAGAUCAUGUUGAAAAACGCCAAGAUCGGCCGGCUGUUCACGGUGGCCUAUCUCAGCCUGUCCUACGGGGGCGCCCUGCCCUAUCACAUAAUCAUGCCGCUGCUGCAGCCCCGCGUGCUGCGCCAGUCCGACAACUCGUCCAUGAUACCGCUGCCCUACCCGAGCGAGUACGUCUUCUUCAUCGUCGAGGAUCCGCCGCUCUAUCAGAUCGUCUUCGUCGGCCAGAUCCUCAUCAGCAGCAUCAUCCUGACCACCAACACGGGCGUCUACAGUCUGAUCGCCUGCAUAGUCAUGCACUGCUGCUGCCUGUUUGAGGUGACGGGCCACAAGCUCGAGUGUCUGCUGGACGGCAGGUCGUACGACAAGAGGGCAGUGCGGCCGGAUCUGGUCAAGAGGCUCGUGGACAUCGUCGAUUAUCACAACGAAGCCAUAGCAUACGCCGAUACCAUUGAAAACUGCCUGAACAUAGUUAUGCUCUCCGAAAUGGGCGGCUGUACUCUUAUCAUAUGCUUUUUAGAGUACGGCAUAUUACAGGACUUGGAAGACGCUGAUUAUCUGGGCAUGAUGACCUACGGUGUACUGAUGACAUCGAUUUUCGUUAAUGUUUUUAUUCUGUCCUUCAUCGGGGAUAAAGUCAGAGAGCAGAGCGAGUUAAUUGGCAAUUCCAUGUACUCGAUUCAAUGGAUGGAUUUGCCGAACGAUUUUGCAUUGAAAAAUGUAAAAUUCAUUAUUGCCCGAGCCAAUCAGCCGACCAGACUAACGGCCGGCAAACUUUUUGAUCUGUCUCUGCAAGGAUUCUGCGAUGUUGCCAAGACAUCUAUGGCGUAUCUCAAUUUCCUUCGAACGCUCGAAAUCACGUAA